UCUCUCUCUCUCUCUCUCUCUCUUGUUUUUCACUUGCUUCGAAGAAAAAACAGAAAAUUUAUGAAGCCCAGCUCAUAUUUUUUACCCUGUGACUGUUGAUUACAGUAAUCUUGAAAUUAUAAACAAAAAGAUCCCACCUUUAUUCCACCAAAUUCUUUCACUAGAACACGGGCAUCUCUCUUUUUCUCUUUACAAUUCGUUUACACGCAUAUAUACAUACAGUUCCGCGUCUAUCACACCAGAAAAGCCGCAAGGAAGAUAAACAAAAAAGCUAUAUUCAUUUGUUGGAGUGAGAUCUAAGAAAAACCUUACUCGGCGACAGAAUAUUUGUUGCCACAGGUGAAGGGAUCAUUAAUCUCCCCAUUACUUUAUACCCCACUUCUCAAAAUUCUUGCAUUUUUUUUUUUACCCAAAGAUUCGAUUUUUAUGAAGAGCUUCUUAGAUUUCUCGAAAAUGGGUUCCAUGAACAUGGAGAGAAAAUGGCUCUUCCCUCUCAUCCUAACUUCAUUCUUCUGCAUUUUACUCCUCGCAACAUCCUUAAACACGGGCCUCGUUUCUUCUGCCAACACUAUCACCUCCAUAUUUUCUUUAUUCCAUUCUAGCCCCUCUUCCAAUCAAACCAAGCCCCAUUUUGCCGAGGAUAAAGUAACUCGACCCCCACCCCCUUCCCGCUCGCCCGUCCCAAAAUUCGCAUAUCUCGUUUCGGGGUCAAAAGGCGAUUUGGAAAAACUAUGGAGGACCCUACAUGCAAUUUAUCACCCAUGGAAUUAUUACGUUGUCCAUCUAGACCUCGAGUCGCCAGCCGAUGAGAGGUUGGAGCUCGCGUCCCGUGUGGAAAAUCAUCCACUUUUCUCGAAAAUCGGGAAUGUGUACAUGAACAAGAAGGCGAAUAUGGUUACUUAUACGGGGCCCACGAUGGUCGCGAAUACCCUCCACGCGUGCGCCAUUCUUUUGAAGAGGCAUAAGGAUUGGGAUUGGUUUAUUAACCUUAGCGCCUCGGAUUAUCCUUUGGUGACUCAAGAUGAUCUUCUGUCUGUAUUUUCGGGGUUGAAGCGGGAUUCCAAUUUUAUCGAGCACACGAGUCAGUUAGGGUGGAAAGCGGGUGAAAGGGCAAUGCCAUUGAUGAUAGAUCCCGGGCUUUACCAAACGACCAAAUCUAACAUUAUCUGGGUCACGCCCAACAGAAAUUUACCAACAGCGUUCAAAUUAUUUACAGGCUCUGCUUGGAUGAUCCUUUCUCGCUCGUUCGUUGACUACUGCAUUUCUGGUUGGGACAAUCUCCCACGAACCCUUCUCAUGUACUACUCAAACUUCGUCUCGUCUCCCGAGGGCUACUUCCAAACCGCCAUCUGUAAUUCUCCCGAGUUUAUCCCAACUGUACUCAAUCACGACAUGCACUACAUCACGUGGGACACGCCUCCCAAACAGCACCCACACAUUCUCUCUCUAAACGACACGCAAGCAAUGGUCUCGAGUGGGGCAGCCUUUGCGCGUAAAUUCAGAAAAGACGAUCCUGUCCUCGACUGGAUCGACCGCGAGCUGCUCGGGAGGAAAAACGGGUCUUUCGUGCCAGGUGGAUGGUGUGCUGGCGGCAAGCCACGAUGCUCGAAGGUUGGGAAGGACUUGACAAAGCUGAAGCCGGGACCCGGGGCUGGGAGGCUCGGGAGGCUCGUGGAUAGGGUCGUGGGGUCCGCAAAAGUCAAGGGACAGCAGUGUGGUUAAGGAGAAAAGAAAAAAGAGAAAAAAAUAAAGAAAGAAAGAAAG